AUGCACACAGUCGACGAGUGGGGCGGUCCACUCCGUGACUUUUUGGAGGAACCCCGGGCGCCUGCACAGUUUAUGCACUGGAUGCGUGACUUGGUGCCUGAGUUGGAUUCCCCCUUUUCGAAGUUUGUGGCGUUGUCAGCUGAGCUUGAAAGGGACUUACCGGCUGAGGGAACUCCGUUGGCCGCGGAGCCGUCCAAUCUUUUUCCUGUACGUAUUUCUCUCUGUCGAAAGUUUCUACGUGGCCGUGACGAAGCUCUGGUGAGUUGGGUCAUGACCUUGGUGGAGGUGUUGAACUACCAUGCGAUGUCAGGAAAGGCGCAACUGGGUCCACCCAUGGUCACCCGUCUGUUUGAGGCGGUGAAACGCUUUGAAGCGAAGGGAGGCAAGAUGGCGCCUUUCAAGGCAUGUCGUGAGGCGAUCGGAUGUGUGCGGUUCGACUACAGUGGAGAGCCCGUCCAGUACAUCGAGAAUCUCAUCGCAGAGAAGGUGAUUGCUUGUUGGCCGCGCCCUGAGGAGGCGGCAGUGCAAGAUGCUGUGAAGUUUGUGCCGCCUGAGGUUAGAGAGUGGCUGGAGGAUCCGGCAGCCUGGCCUGAAAAGCCACCGACCAGUCGAGUUCGGGCCGACGACAAGGAGUGGGAAGCUAUUGUCCGUGCUGGAGUUGAACGUGGCAUGAUGGAACAGGUGCCCGCAGACCGCCUGUUCAGGGAUCACAACGGGGUACCCAUCCUGAAUGGUGCCGGGGCCGUGAAGAAGGUCAAGGUCAUUGGAGGUGAGUCCAAGUCCUUGCAACAGUUCAUCAGUGUCUUGGUCCCGUCGAACACCUACCAGGUCCACAUGCCAGGACAUGAUGAGCAUCUACCUUAUUUGGGCCAGAUGGCAUUAAUGCUCGAGAUUGACGAAGACGAGGAGGUGCGCAUCGACAGCGAAGAUCUAACGUCUUGCUUCAACUUGUUCAGAUUACCCCAGCAAUGGGUGGGCUUCAAUGCAUUUGCCAAGCAGGUGAGCGCGGCCGUCUUUGGGGGGCCAGCCUCUGAGAUGGCCUAUGUUGGAAUGCGCGUGGUGCCGGAGACAUCAGAAGUCUCGAAGCUGAAGUGGUUCCCUGACGAUGACUCAGUGUCAGUGGUGUACCUCGAUAGCUACGACGAGGUGCGGAAGGUAAGUGCUGGCUAUCGCGAAGUCUUGCGGGGACAGCCUUCACACCGGCACCAACGUUUUGUCAACACUUGCAAUGAGUUGGAACUCCCGCUCAACCAGGGCAAGAGACUGGUUGGGGCGGUGCACGGCAGUCUUCAAGGAGGUGACAUCGAUGGUGAGACAGGGACGUUCGAAGCCGCCCACGACAAGAAGGUCGACAUCAUGGGCAUUGGUGCAGCCUUGCUGGGGGUUGGAGCGGCAACCGAAUUCGAGCUGAGGCACUUCGUGGGCAAGGCCAUCUUUGCUAUGGCAUUCAGAAGGCCUGCAAUGUCAUUCCUAGAGAAGGUCUUUGUCGACAUGGGCAGGUCUCAGAAAGGCAGAGUCACCCUCUCCAGAGCAACCUUGGAUGAGGUGUACAUCACAAUGGCCGUGAUGCCCAUCUUGGUCAUGAACCUUCGGGCGGUGUUUGAUGCCGAAGUGACAAUCACAGAUGCCAGCACAACUGGCGGCGGUGGAGGAGUCGCCAACUGUUUCAAGAGGCCGCCCGACACCAUUGUCCAUGACAGUGGCAAGUGUUUGGAGUGCAGUCAGGAAUUAGAGCGGCCUAGGGUUUACCCCUGUCCGACAGGGUGUGGGGCAGAGCUGUGCAGUCUGGGCUGCAUUGAGGCUCAUCGCGAUGGCGACUGCAAGCGGUGGCGGUAUGUGAUGCCCAAGUUCGGUGAGCGCUUCUCUGGGCCAAACGCCCCUCUAUCUCAUGCCGUCGCCAGAGAAGGAGGGAUCGAGGUGCAGCCACCCUAUGACCUCCUGAGGGGAGAUGACUUCCACAGCCAAGAAGGAAAAGAAAAGCUUACCUCCUUGGAGAGUGAUCCAGCCUUGGCAGCUGAACAUUGGGCUCCGGAAUGCAAGUUGUUCUCGAAGGCAAGGGGCCGCCCCGUGACCCUGCCAAGCGGGGAGCGCAUCGCAGGCCCACAGCCGGUCAGAGACGCCCACCAUGUGAUGGGAUUUCCUUGGGUGUCGCAGCAGAUGAAGAUUCAGCUGCGGCGCCCCAACAACAUGGCACUCAGAGGCCUUCGCCGGGGAGCAAGCACCUUUGGGGCCAGGCGGUAUCUGUCAGUUGAACACCCCUUCAACAGCUGGCUUUGGUAUUUUUCGCUUGCCGAAGAACUUGCCCAGGGAGAGUUCGAGUACGCAGUUGGCUCAAACUGUUGUUGGGGCGGUGAUAGAGAGAAAUGGUACGCACUGCUCAACAAUUCACCCUGUAUUCAGGAGGAGCUGCACCGGCCCGAAUGCCCAGGCCACGAUGGUCUGAAGGGGUAUGGAGCCACCCGCAACCAGGACGGCUCGUUGCAUUUUGCAACAGAAGAAGAGGCCGAGUACAAGGAUGCCUGGUGCGCCGCCUACGCAAGAGGCUUGAGACGCCAGCUGUCUGACUGGUGCAGCCGUGGAUUGCUUGAUGGCAGGUGCAAGACCAUCCAGAAGGAGUUGGAAAAGUCAACAGACAGGUUGGCAAAUCCGGUGGCCGCCAACAUGGUCGCCAACGAGAUCACCGACCUGGAACAAGACAUGCUACCAGGCCACGAGAGCAUUCACCUGCGCCAGAUGGCGCGGCGCCUCAGCAUCAGAGGGACAGAUCUCAGGCUCCUGCUGGGGGAUGACAACGUAGAGGUGCCUUACCCGGCCUACCGUUGGUACUGGCGCGAAGUUUUGAGCUAUGCAUGGAAAGAGGAGAGAAACAUCAACGAGGGAGAGGUGGCGGCAUUCAAUGUGAUGCUGAAGCGAAGGUCCAAGGAUCCGGCGAAGCACGAGCUGCGCUACCUGGCUGUGGUGGAUAGCCUAGUUACGCGUGGUGCUGUCAGCAAGGGCAGGAGGACCUUGAGGGCCUAUCGCUUAGCAGUGGACCGCUUCCUCACCUAUGUUCGAAUUCAUUCUCUCCCUCUUCGACGGCAGGCCGACGUGGACUACGCCGUCAGCGAAUUCAUCAAUGCCAUGUAUCAGGAAGGUGACAGCUUAGCUCAAGCAGGUCACUUGUUGUCGGGCUUGAAGCGAUUUUGCCCGGGAAUGAGGCUGACGUUACCGACGGCCAGUCAGUACUUUCGUAACUGGCAGAGAGUUCACCGCCCAGUGCGUGCGAUACCCAUUAGCUGGGACCUUUUACAGGCAAUGAGUGGCAUGUGUUUCACCUUAGGCUACCACCGCGUCGCCUUGCUGCUCUACGUGGGCUUUUUCUGUUUCUUGAGGACGUCUGAAAUGAUGUCCCUGCAGUGCAUGCAUUUGAUCCCGGAUCGCAGAUCGUCUCGAUUGACGGUGAUUAUUCCUUUUGCAAAAACAUCUGCGGGGAAUCCUCAGGUUUUGGUCUUUUCAGACCCCCGUGUGCAUUCUCUUGCGCUCACCGUGCUGCAUGCACGUGAAACACAGGACUUCCUCUGGCCCUCUUCCCCAACACAAUUCCGUCAAUUUUGGAUUCGGCUUAUUGAAGCCUGUGGCUUUUCUUCUAAAGAUUACAGCCCCUACGGAAUUCGAAGAGGUGGUGCCACCUGGUACUUUUUAGCAACCUCCUCUAUGGAUGGAACGUCGCAACGAGGACGUUGGUCCUGCAGCAAAACGGCCAGAAUGUACAUUGAUGAGGGCACGUUGGCCCUGGCACGCUUCCUAUGGUCAAAUGAUCAGAAGAGGCGA